AUCCAUGGUGUAGCUCUGUUCAGGAGUGCACGAGUCAAGAGGUGAUUAUGUUUACUUGUAAAGUCCUCAUCAACUAAACGACAUGAAGAAGAGGUUUAACAUCAACCUGGAUGACACGGCCUUCGCCAAAGAAAGAACACCGCCAAAGCCACAAUUUCAACCUUCAUCCAAAGGAGGACAAAACACCUCGGGUUCUACUUCAUCUUCAGCAAAGCCUGCUUCUGAACCCGUGGAGCAGCCUCUUUCCUAUGCGGAAUAUAUCGUCCGUAAAAACAAUGCGGCUGCAUUGGAGGGUUCCUCCAAACUGCUAAAUGCUGACGAUGCAGGAGAGACCAAUGGGAAGCAAAGUGAGUCAGAUUCAGGGUCCUCUGCUGCAGUUUGCUGUGACCCCCUUCAGGGCCGUGCUGAAGGGGGUGAAGGUGAAUCUGGAGGGGUCAAGACGAGCGAGGACCCGCAGGUGGCUGGCACACACCAGAAAGAGGGGAACUGUCAAAGGUCAGAUCCAAUCCUUACCCUGGGCCCAAAACCAAUGGGGUCUGGGAGCAGCAUUAUCGUCAGUCCGCGACAGAGGGGAAAUCCCAUCCUGAAGUGUGUGAGAAGUGUCCCUUGGGAGUUUGGAGAUGUUGUACCAGACUAUGUCUUGGGUCAGACAACUUGUGCUCUCUACCUCAGUUUGAGAUAUCACCAUCUCAAUCCAAAUUAUAUCCACGACCGUCUGAAGCUGCUUGGAAAUACUUUUACCCUGCGAGUGCUACUGGCACAAGUAGAUGUGAAAGAUCCUCAUCAUACAUUGAAGGAGCUGGCUCGCAUCUGCAUCAUGGCUGACUGCACUCUCAUCUUGGCUUGGAGUCCAGAGGAGGCAGGGCGUUACCUGGAAACGUAUAAGUCGUACGAAAAUAAACCUGCAGACAUGCUGAAGGAGCAAGUUGAGAAAAACUACCUAUCAAAGGUUACUGAUUGCCUGACCACUGUGAAGUAUGUGAACAAGACCGAUGCCAUUACCUUGCUGUCCACUUUCUCAUCUGUAGAAGGAAUCAUCAAUGCCUCAAAGGAAGACUUGGUUCUCUGUCCAGGCCUCGGACCACAAAAAGCACGCCGACUCUACGAUGUGCUGCAUAAGCCCUUCCUCAAGUCGAAGACAAAAGACGGCUGACAUUUUAUACCAAGGAUGUGUCACGUGUUCUUGAAAAAAACUCACAGCUAACAGCAUGCGGAGACACACGCACACACACUCUUCAGAGGACUGAAUUAAAUACUAUUAAUUCUCUUCAUUUACUUCAAGUGAAGAAAGAAAUGCGACUUCUCUGAAACUGAGAAUCAGCAACUAAAGCAACUCUUUAGUUGUUAGAGCUAUUUUCUGAUUAUAUUCUGUAUUGAGUUAAUAUUUGAUUUACUUUGUUCAUUGCUAUAUUUAUUUAAUGAAAAUAAAUACUUUGUAAAUUGUU